AUGCCAAAUUUGAAUACACGUGCAAGUUGUUUCUAACGGAGUUUACUUUAAUUAAUGCUUUUUAUCUGAUAAAUAGCUAAAUAAAAACAUGCCGGCAGCAGUGGCCACAGGUGUGCAAUUCGGGGCACCGUCAAAAAACAAGAAGAUCGUCUUUGACGACUCCGGCGAGGCUGUCGUUAAGCAUAACAAAAAGGAGCACCCACAGAAGCCAAAGUUUCAAGGAAAGGAACAGGUGAAAAGGCCACAAAAAAUCAGUUUUGGUAAGGAUGGACCAGCUCAGGGUGGUAAACCCUUCAAUAAAAACCAGCAAAAACAUAAUGGUCAUAAACCUGAUCAUGGAAAUAAUCCACACAAGAAAAAUUUCGGCGACAAUGGCGAUCAAGUAGCUCCCAAAUCGUUUAACAAAAAUCAUCAGAAUGGUCCAAAGCCACAGAAAAUAAAGUUUGGCGACGACGGAGAAGCUGUAUCUCAAAAACCCUUCAACAAAAUCAACCAAAAACAUAAUGGUAAAAAGUCGGAUUUUGCCAAUAAAUCACAAAAAAAAAAGUUCGCUGAUGGAGAAGUAUCUGAAAAUUCGUUAAACAAAAAAACCGAAACACCCAAGAAGCCCCAGAAGAUAAAGUUUGCUGAUGAUGGAGAAGAAGUAUCUGAGAACUCUUUGACCAAAAAACCCGAAUCGGUCAAGAAACCCCAGAAAGUAAAGUUUGGAGAUGAUGGAGAGUCCACUUCGGAAAACUCCAAAAAACCCCAACGCAUAAAGUUCGACGAGGAUGGAGCUGGUAAAACAGUCUCCGAUAGCGAUGGAGAUAGUGAUGAGGAAGAGGGACAAUCUUUUUCCAAAAAGCACAACAAAUAUCAGGCAAAACUGGAUGAGGAUGAAGAGUCGCAGAAGAAGUGGUAUCAUGUGCACCCCGACUAUCCAUCUACCGAUGAGGUGUUGGACAUGAAGGAGAACGAACAGCUGGAGCUUUACAAUCUCUGCAAGAGUUCAUUCGAGUCGGAGAAGACAACAUUUAAUAAGCGCAAUCCGUCGGAUGCCCGCUGGCUGCAAACCGCUCUGCACAAGGGUACGGCAAAGGAUCGAGCCAAUGCCGGCGCCCUGCUGGUGACGAGUAACCCACUGGGCAACCUGGAGGCCCUGACCACUUUGAUUGGCUUUUGCAAGAUCUCCAACAAGGCCAGCAACGAUGUGAUUGCAGUGCUCACGGAUCUGUGGCAGGAGGUACUUCUGCCGCCCAACAGAAAACUACUGGCGGUGCACACCCGUGGAGCCGAUUGGAAGAAGCUGAAGAAGGACGAGAAGUUGCGUAACGAACAGAAGCGACGCAUCUACGCUUACUGGCACUUUGAGAGCGAACUGAAGGACCAGUAUCAUGAGUUCCUCAAGAAUGUGAUGCAAGGUCUGCAGACUGGACAGGAACACAACAAGAACUCGUCUAUUGUGACCGCCGCCAGGCUGCUGGCCUAUGCUCCCGAAAAGGAGCAGCUGCUGCUGACCAUGUUGGUGAACAAGCUGGGCGAUCCCAUCGCCAAGAUUGCCUCCAAGGCGUUGCACCAUCUCAGCGAUGUGGCCCAAAAGCAUCCCAACAUGUGCGGCGUCAUCGUUUCCGAGGCGGAGAAACUGCUUUUCCGUAACAACAUUUCCGAGCGGGCCCAGCAUUUUGCACUGUGCUUCCUUUCCAGCAUCGCACCCUCCGGCCGGCCCGAAGUUUGCACCAAGUUGGUGAACAUAUGCUUCGCCCUCUUCAAGGUUCUCGUCCAAAAGGGAGCCGUGAAUAAUAGGACCAUGCAGGCAAUCCUGCGGUGUCUGCAAAAGGCCAUUGUGGAGGCUCAGCCUGCCAAGGACAGCAACGGGGAGCUACUCUCCAAGGAAAUGCAGGACACAAUCUACCGGUUAGUCCACUUGGCCGACAUUAGGGUCGCUGUACAGACUCUGGGAUUGUUGCUACAACUGGUUACGGUUAAAACCGAGAAAUCCGAUCGGUUUUAUAAUGCUCUGUAUGUGAAGCUGCUGGAUUUGAACCUCAUUAACGUGGGCAGUAAAACGGCGGCUCAUCUACUGCAUAUAGUCCACCGCGCCAUCCACAUCGAUAACCAUGUCGCCCGGGCCCAGGCAUUUGUCAAGCGGCUGCUGCAGCUUACUCUCUACGCCCCACCCCACAUUGCAGCUGGUUGCUUGAUCGUCAUCCACAAGUUGCUGCGCAUGCGCCGUGAGCUCAUCGGCGGGACUGGAGCUUCAGAGGAAGUGGAAGAAAGUUCCAAAGUAAUCCUGCCGGUCGAUGCGGAUCUGGACAAGUUUGGCAGCGAUGAGGAGGAGGUCUACGAGGAUGUCAAAGAGGAGGCUGCGGAGGUUAAAGACUCAAAGCCAUCGGAGGAGAAAGCAGGGGAUGCUGCCAAGUCAAGUGCCUCCUCUUGGCACCAUGCCAGUGUGGCUGCCACGGAGUCAAAGGUGCGGAAUAUUGAUUCCUGCAAGUACGAUCCUUAUCAUCGUGUGCCAGCUUUUGCUGGAGCUGGCUAUGCGCUUCGUCACGAACUUUUGUUGCUGCGCCAGCACUACCAUCCCACUGUCCAGGUCUUCGCCGAGCAGAUCCUACAGCAAUCGCGAAUUGAUUACUAUGGAGAUCCGCUAAGGGAUUUCGGACUUCCUCACUUUUUGGAACGUUUCGCCUUUAAGAACCCGAAAAAACUGGAUGCUCCACAGGCGGCGGAAAGUGCCAGCGUGGCCCACAAACGCUAUACGGCUCACGGGGCCCGUGGUAGGCCAGUAAAAUCACUGACCAAGGCCAACUGCACCGAGGAUGAGAUGUUCAUCUUCAACUUCUUGGAGCACAAGCGUCGACAGGCGGAAAUUGUGGCUCAAAACAAAAAGCAAAAGGAGGUUAAGAAGGAGGACGAGAACGGUGGAGAGGAUGGCGAGGCUGGAGAGGAAUAUCUGAAGGAAGGCGAAGUAGACGACGAUGAGUUCGAGGCCUAUUUGGAUGGGUACUUCGGCAAAAAGUUCAAGGAAGGCGUCGACGAAGAGCAGGAUGAAGAGGAGCUGAACUUCUUGCAGGAGCUCGGCGGCGAGAUGAAGAAGGACAAGUCCAAGGACAAGAAAAAGAAGCAGGCUGACAAGGCGGAAGACGAUAUGGAAGAUAUAGAUGACGACUGGGGUGACGAUGACCUGGGAGAAGAUGAAGACGACGAAAUGGACGUCGCUGGUGAAGAUCAGUCUGAUGAUGAGACGGGCUCGAUUGAUUUGGAACCACUAGACGACGAUGAUGAUGAUGAGGGAUCAAUAUCCGAGGGCGGCCCAGACGACAGUGAUUCAAGCGAUGCUCCUGAAAGCCCAGACGAGGACGAUGAUGACGACGAAGAUGCACCGCCCAGGUCCAAGAAAUCCAGGAAGGAAACCGACAUGGUGGGAGGACGCAGCUUUGCCAAAACUCUCAAACAAAGUCAUGAUAUGUCCUCUCUGUUUGCUGCCGCCGAUGACUUCUCUUCGUUGCUGGAGGAAACGGCCAAGGCUAAGGGUCAGGGAACCAGCAAUGCCGUCUUCAACAAGGACAAAUCCUCCGACAAGCAAUUGAAGUGGGAAGAGAACCGGCGGUCGAACACGAAAACCUACAAGGGCAAGAAGUUUGCCGGCAAACCAGCGGCAAAAGGUGGCAAACCACAGAAAGCGGGCAAGAAGCGGAAACACUAAACGGCACACGAUUAUUAAACCCUACCCUAAUUAAUUGGUUACAUGUGUAAAUACACAAUAGCAAGAAUAAAUUCACUUUCUGAUAAGUUAUCAUUUGAAA